CAUCCAAUCACCAUAAACUCUUCAUGGAAGCAGACAUCAUGAACAGAAGGGUCCUGAAAGCAAGCUGUAGUACAAGCAGACCAGACCAGUAGGGUGUUGCACCAUUGACAGGAUGAAGAACAAAGCAACAAGAGGUGAACAAACAAACAGGAGUCAAUGCCACAGAAAAAAACAAUCUGGAAUUUAAACUGGUGAUGCCAAACACUAAGGUGCAGUUUCCCAGCUCUGCUACAGCCAUCAUACAACACCUUGAGCAAAUCACCCGGCCCCCAUUCCCAUCUGCAACAAGGGAAAAACAAUUUUUUCACCAUUAUUUAUUAGUUCAUUAAUUCAGUGGGGCAGGAAAUAUGUCAUGUAGCUUAAUGCAGUAGGAUCCUAAUUUUGUAGGACUUUGCUUAGAUACCUACAGACCCUAGUACUUCUAUACUCAUCAUCAUUACUACAGAUCUUCAGAACAGCUGAAUGCAGAGUAUAUAUAAAUUUGACCAAGUAUAUGAAGGGGAAGCCCACUUUAGAAAUCGAAGAGGAGUUAUUGAAUUAGCUGGAGCCAUUAGAUGUACUACAGGACGAUCUCCUUUUGCCUACCUACGUUACGGAUGCUACUGUGGUCUGGGAGGAAGAGGAUGGCCCAAGGACAGAGUAGACUGGUGCUGCUUUAACCAUGACUGCUGCUAUGGGAAGGCAGAACAAGCAGGUUGUCACCCAAAGACAGAAAAUUACUACUGGGAAUGUGAUGACAAUGCUGCUGUGUGUGAAUCACUAGAGGACAAAUGUCAAAAAAUGGCAUGUGAAUGUGACCGUGAAGCUGCCAAAUGUUUUUCUAAAGCUCCCUAUCAUACAAAAUACCUUUUGUGGCCAGACUUUAUGUGUGGUGAGAUUCAGCCUUUGUGUAGGCAUUAGAUAUACAGCAUCAGUCUUUAUGAAAACUCCUUAUGUAUUUAAAUCUAAAAUGACUUUUUUUUUUGUCACAGUAGUGACAACGAAUUAUUUUCCCCUUUCUUGAUCCUUCUUCUUGCUGCCUCAGCCUCUCCAUCCCAGAAUGGCCAAAGUAAACAUUUAUCCCCUUAUUUACCUUCUGCAGUGCACAGACUAAAAGCAAAUUCAUUAGUUCUGUGUAAGCUUUUAUUGACUGAACAGGAAUUUACCUGUUUGAAGGAGUAACUGACUUAAUUUUGUUUCUAUUCAGAUUCACAGAUUUUUCAGAUUCAUAGUAUCAUUCGCUAAAGUUUUCAUCCCCUCUCCGCUGCCUCCAAGAUACAAAUCAAACUUUUACGCAAACAUUUACCUUAACAUUUGUUAACUUUGAACUGACUGGAAGAAAUGCAAGUGACAGCGUCACUACAAAGAGCCCUCUCAUCUGUAUUAAACACUUACUAUGUAGCCUAAUUUAACUUCUGCAUCUUUCACCUUAAGUAGUCCUACCUAUAUUAAAAAAUGCCUAAUAUAAUUAUUUUUUUUCUAGCAUUUACUUUUUAAAUACAGUUUUCUAAAAAGUUGUUGAUUUGAUAUGAUUCAGGCUCCUUACUGUAUGUACAUCUUGAGUUUCCUGUGGGCAUAGGGAGCAGUUCUACCCUUAAAACUUCAGAGCCAGAUUUAAAAGUGAAAAUGCAAACCAUCACCAAGACAGAUACAUGAAAAAAGUAUCAGUCGCUGUGACCAACUGCCUUUCCCAUAAGCACUGGGUCUUGGACACUGUGAGUCUGCAAAGUCCAGAAGUGUAUAUACCUCAUAAGGAGGUAAAGAUGGUUUUAGUUAAGAGUCACUUCAUAGUUUUUUGAAACCUUUUAGGAAGAGAAAUCAGUAACAUGAAUUGCUGAAUAAUACACUUCUUCAUAACUUCCAUUUUUAACAGUUUAAGAUCAGGAGUAUUUGAUGUCUACUUUCACCCACCUCAACUUACUUAAAGGUGCACUCUGUAGCCCCGCAUAAGUCAAAGCUAAUGACAAGUACUUCAAUAUAUAUUAAAAAAAAAAAAAAAAGCGCACUUCUUUAGGAAGGAUGAAGAUUUCAAAAGAGAUCUUUAAUCUUUAACAACAUUCAUAGGUAAAUGUAAAGUUUAUACUAAUGAUACAAAUGAAAAAAACCCAAACAAACCAAUGUAGAACGCAAAGGGACAAAGCUCCUGAAAAAUCUAACUUUUGCUUCAGUCAAAAAACAUACACUAACAAAUGGCAAUCCCAUUUACACAAAAUAAUUUUCCUGUCAAUAUUCGCUUACAGACCUAGGUACACACAUUAUAUUGCAGCAAGAUGUAAUUACAGUGUCAGGUCACUUUUCCAAAAUAAUCCUUUUUUAAGAGAUAAUCUUGAAUUUAAGAAUUAGCAACAGACUUCAAGAGGAGCACAUUACAGAAGCUAUUGAUGAAGUCUAACUGAUCUGAAUAAAAAAAAAUUUAAAUGGCAAUCACCACAUUUUCCAAAAGACAAGAAAACUCAAGCAGUCUUUGCGCCUUCAACAGCGGGAAUUUUAGAACAAACUCUCCUGUGAGACUGUGUAUUUGACAAUCACAUCUUUACAUGUAAAGUAGACUGGAAACACUGAAGUAUUUUCAGUAUCAAGCCUAUCCAGGAAGAUCUUUCCUUUGGCAAACUUCAGUUGAGGAACACACUGCUAAGUUGUU